AUGUCACAAGUUCAUCAAAAUUCAGAAGGGGGACCAUCACAAACAGCCGCAUCCUCACGUAUCCGUAAGAAAAGAUUACCGGUUAAAUGCAAUGGCUCACGACCAUGUUCCCGGUGUUGUCAGCUUCAAAAGACAUGCCACUUUGUUGAGAGACCAAAAGAGGACCAUGAACUCAAGAUUGAAGCGCUCCAGAGAGAGAUCGAGUUUCUCAAAUCACGCCUGCAGUCAAAUUCGUCACCUAUGAUGGAAUGUUCAGCUACUGCCUACUCAGAAGAGGAUCAGCCGCCAUUCAUGACAGCGAAUCGUAUGGACAUCCCAGUUCAGGGUGCAUAUACAUCUGCACCAGCCAGAGUCCGCUCGCAACCAGUGGCAUCGACCAGCACGAGCUCACCAGAAACUGCUACAUAUCUUACCAGAGCAUAUGGCAGAUCGAGAUCAGCGUUCGAGACUGAUCCGAUAGCCCCAGCAACCGCCGAACUUGGGGUUGAGAUGAAGGAUGACGAGGCGCAGCUGUAUUUCAACGCCUUCUUCUCUGGCUGUGACCGCUAUGUUCCUGUCUUUGACCAAUGGUAUGACACAAUUCAAGCUAUUCGCGACAAAAGUGCUUUGCUAUUCAUCACAAUAUGCUCAGUCGGAUGCCGUGUACUCAACGGCACGAGUUCAAGAUGGCGAGCUCUCGCGCUUCAGACUCAACGCAUGCUCAACGCCGCCAUUGUCAAUCCGUUGAUGGGAAGCCUUGAGACGGUACAGGCAAUUCUCGUUCAAGCUUGUUAUGCAGGAGAGAGGGCACUUCUGAUUGCAAUUGCGACCCGCAUGGCUUUGGAUCUUGGAUUCCCCGAAGCAUACGAUACACUCAUUGCGGAAUCAGUCUUGGGCGAAAUGCAGAUCGAUAACGGUGACCAAGCUACCUACAACGACAACUCCACGCGCAUGCGCAAAACUAGAGUCUGGCUGCAUCUGCUAGUCAUGAGCUAUAUCCUGCACGUGGAUGCUGGUGGAAUGCCAACCUUCAAGUUCCGAGGUGCAUCACGCAGAUGUAGAGUCCUCUUGCAAAGUCCUCUUGCCACUGGAAUGGAUCAUUAUCUCUUCGCUCAAGUUGAGCUCAAUGUUCUUCGUGCAAAGAUAUAUGCAUCUUUGCCCCAGGGCGCCCAUCUGAGUGACGAAGAGAUUCUCGAUCUUGUGAAAGAUGCCAAACUUGACAUCGAUGUCUGGUUCCAGGACUGGAUACGCAUCUCACAGCCGCAUCAUGACUCGAUGCCCUGGUUUGUUCCGAACCUCUCAGUUCAACGCUGCUGGGCUGACAAUAUGGCUCUUUGCCGUGCGGUGAGGGCUGCAGGCGUGGAAAAUGUCAACGUUAUGUCGCCAAUCCAGAAGAAUAUCCUAUCAAUGACCAAAGCCUCGCUUCAGCAACAUCUUGAUAUCAUUAUCCAAGAACCAAGGAUGUAUCUCAAGAGCACCCGGUAUGCAAUGGACUUUGUCUGGGCCAAAAAUACUUUCUGUUGCCUUCUUCUGCUCAAGUUGUCCGCUUUGCUCCCCGACACGGAUAAGUUGCAGACACAAGGUCUUAGCAAUGAGCUUGUAACGAAAGCUAGCAUUUUGUUGCAGGAACUAGAAUUUGUGGCUGCCGCGGGACACAAAGACGACACUCGAUCAAAUACCAGUUCACUAUACCUCCAACUUCUAAAGACAAGCAUACAGAAGUACAAGCGCUGGCUAGGUCAAAAUGAAGGACAAUCCGAAGGAGCACAAUCAUCCGCUCUUCCGGCUCAAGAGACGAAUUGCGAAUUGCCUUGUUCUGAGUACAACGAACUUGAGUCUUUUGUCCCAGAUCAGUUUGUCUUCGAAUGGGACUUUCCAGGUCUGACCCUGUUUUCCUCUCCGAUCAAUGAGACCAGUUGGAUUAAUGAACUUCUUGCUGGAGCACAAGAGUUUGGAGAAAAUGGGAGCAGCAUCAAUUGGGCUCUGAUUGACUUUUCUAUGUAA